AUGGGAAGCGCCGCAGUUGAGAAAACAGAGGAGGAGCUCCGUAAGGAGAUCGAUGAACUCCAAAGGCAACAGCGCGAGAUUACGGAACGGCUUCGAGACCCUAGGGGACUUCGCAAGGGAGGCUUGGCGGCUGCUGGUCCUCGCAAUUUUGCCGCCAAUGGUGCUCGUCCGCGAGGCUUUACUCGACCCGCAGAUAGGCCUGAUGAGGAUCAACCUCCUGCAAAACGCCGGCUUUCAUCAGCUGUUGUCAAGGUGGAGGAUGGAGAAAUCACUGAAAUUGCUGAAGAGGCCAAGGAUGGGAAGAAGAAUGAUACAAAUGAGGAAGCUAAAGCUGAUCAGAGUGAUAGGAAGUUGUCCAAUUCCCAACAAAGUGGCUGGUCAAGGAGGGAUGGAAAUCACGGAGCAGCAAAGAAGGAUUUUGAAAUUCCAGCACCAGAUCAUGUUCCAAGAGUAUUGCCGAAAGAACAGGAUCCCAGCUUGGUUAACAGGAACAAAAGAAUGCUAGGACAACUUUUGGGGACUCUAGAGAAAUUCAGGAAAGAGGACAUGCAACUUUCAGGAACAGAGGCAUUCAUGCGGAGAUCAAAUUCAUUACAAAGAGCUGAGCAAAGGGCUCGUGAAGAGAGUGAAAGACUUAGGCAACAGGAGCGUGAACAAAUUGCGGAAAAGCGGAGGAGAGAUCUGACUCUGCGGGCACGUGUUAAUGCCAAGACGGAAGAAAAGAGAUUGGAACUGCUUUUUCUUCAGUGGAGUGAGCAUAAUAAAAAACUUUGCAAUUUUAUAAGGACUAAGGCAGAGCCUCCAAUUUAUUAUCUGCCCAAGAAACCAUUGGAUGAGGAUCCUACGUUAGCUGAGCAGCGAAAAGAAAAGGAGUUUCUGGAAUGGAAAGCUGCACGAAGAGAGGAACUGACUGAGUACCAGAAGCAGAUUGGGGAGCAGUGUAUUGCGAAUGCUGAAAAGGAGUUGGAGAGGUGGCAAAAUGCAAGGAAACCAAGGAAAGCAAACAAUGAUGUGAUGAACUUACAGGAAACAAUGGACAAAGAAUUGGACACACAUAGGCUUGAGCAUGGCCCCAAGAAAAGAAAGAUCCCUGACGGAAGCAACAACGAUGAAGAUGAGGAUGAUGUGGAAGAUAUCAAUGUAGCAGAGGACUACAUGAUUGAUGAUGUGCUAGAUGUUGAUGAUAACAGCCGGAGGAUUGAUGAAAUAGUUAAACCAGAAGCAGGUAAUACCAGUCCAAAUGCGGAUGCUGUUGAGUAG